AUGUCCCUCACCCUCUCGCGCCAACCAUCCUCCCCCUCACUCGCUCUCGGCCUGCCCCCGGCAUUCCCAGAGAACAACAUCAUGGCCCCGUCCACAUCCCCUUCCAAGAUGCCCCGUACCAAGUCCAAGCACAAGAUCCACCGGGGAGACGUCGAAUCGACAGACAGCAGCGACUUUGAAGAAGCGCCGAAGCAAUUGGUAAAGGGUACACCGAAGAGAAAAGUCGUCAACAGUGUAGAGCCAACGCCGGCGACUGGGCAGUCAAAGAAACGAGGGACCUUGGCAGAAAGGCUGGCAGCAGCUGCUGUCAACAAACCCAAGGUGAAGUCUAGCUCCAGCGUCAAUGGCGGUCUCAAGGCAUCUAGCAGUGCUACACAGCUGAGCGCUUCGAGUACUUCGUCGACGGUGCAAACACCAACAAUGCAGGCUAGGACCUCCUUGAUCCCUAGCACCAUGCCCGUGAAGAGGACUGCCGGUCCAUCCAUCGGUGGCAACCCCUCUGACAAAGUCGUUGUUUGUGUCAGAAUCAAACCAACGCAAAGCCCAUUCGCAACAAUGGCCUAUGACAUGACAUCAACAUCCCUCACACUUUCGGAUGACCAUCCCAAAGUGAAACAACGAGGUGGAAAAGCUGGACGAGAAGAUACAUACAACUAUACAUUUGACAAAUUGCUGCAACACCCUUCCACCACACCCGAGCUGUACACUGCCAAGGUCUCUCCUUUGGUCGACAAGGCUAUGAGCGGGUUCAACAGUACCGUAUUUGCCUAUGGCCAGACUGGAAGUGGUAAAUCUUUCACCAUGACCGGUAUUCCGACUGAGCUCGGUAUCAUUCCCUGUGCAGUGGAUGGUGUUUUCGACGCCAUAACAGCCGACACAGACCGCGCCUUCCUCCUUCGUGUGUCCUACGUUGAAAUCUACAACGAGACCCUCCGUGAUCUUCUCAACUUUAAGAAGGGCCCUUUGAAGGACGAUGAAAAGCCUGUUAUACAUACGCAAAAGGGGAAGGUGUAUGUGGAACCUUUGGUGGAGGAGAUUGUUUCGACGCCGGAGGAUGUCAUGGAGUUGUUGGAAAAGGGGAAUGCGCAGAGGCGGAUUGGAGCGACCGAUUGGAACGAGCGAUCUUCCCGAUCUCACUGUGUGUUCACAGUAGUCAUUGAGUCGAAGCCAAGAGAUAAAGAUGGCGAUGAGGACAUCAGGCUUUCUCGUUUGAACUUGAUUGAUCUGGCUGGUUCCGAAAAGGCAGUGUCUGACUCUGAGAGGAGAGGUGAAGGAAAGCAUAUCAACCAGAGUCUGCUGGCUCUGCGGGAGGUUAUCAACAAGUUGACAGAGAAACAAAAGGCCUCGCAUAUCCCGUAUCGUAAUUCCAAGCUCACUCACCUUCUGGAAAACGCUCUUGGAGGAGACUCCAACAUUUGUGUCAUCUGCACCAUGUCCGCUGAGGAGGAGCAUUGCGGUGAAACGCUUGAAACUUUGAAGUUUGCUGGGCGAUGCUCUCAAGUAAAGACACAUGCCAAGAAGAACAUUCUUCCAGCUUCCGAGAGAGCAAUGAUCAGAGCAAAGGAUCAGGAGAUCGAAGAGCUCCGAGCGAGGCUGUUGGGGCUGACAGGAGACAGUGCGCCUCCCAAAGCUGGACCUGACGCUGAUCAAAUCACCGAUCUGGCCGACUCGGUAGCCGCCAUGGAAGCCCGAAAAGCAAAGCUCACUGCCCAACUCGCCAAACUCAACGGCGAAAUCUUAACUUCCGAGCUCCCUCGUCACUCUGCAAGCUCUUUCAACCUUCCCCAGACUCCUUCCAAGCCCAAGCGACGGCGCAUUAGCGAUUUCUCUGCAAUCAUGUCCUCUGGGGGUGAUCGUAUGGGGCUGGGGAUGGGAACGCCCAAGAAGGCGGCAGAUAGACGGGCUGUCAGUAAUUUAGUUGGUGUGAAGGAAGAGAGUGAGACGUCGGCGACGUUGGGAACCCUGGAUUCGGUCCAUGAAGGAUCAAUCAAUUUUGAGCACGACAUCGCCCUUGCUACUCUUCGCAAGAACCUGGCCCAUAAGGAAGAAGAACUCGUUCUCGCCAAUCGCAACCUUGCAUCUGCUCUGUCUCGCGCCUCCCAGCUGUCUGAAAGGGAUGAACGUGUGGCAGCUCUUACUGUUGAGCUCUCCACCGCCCUUCAACAACUUUCCGAGCUUCAAAGCACCCUCCUGAGCACCGAGUCCGACCUCCGCGACCAAAACGCACAGCUUGAGUCCGCCCGGGAUGAUCUUGUUUCCAACAUCGGAGACAAGUCAUCAAAGAUCGACGAGCUAGAGAACAAGGUGCUGGAGCUUCGGAAGAGCCGUGAAGAGAUGGCUAUUGAAGAUGAAAGCAGACUGCAAGAGGUGCAGAAAGAGCUGGCAGGCAUUGCCGGGGAGAAGGCAAAGAUGCAGGCCAGGGUUGAGCUGCUUGAGAAGGAAGCUGUGGCUAGGAAAGGGGCAGAAGAGGGACAGAAGGCUGCAGAAGAGGAAGUGCAGAGGAUCCAAUCCGAGCUCGACAGUCUCCGCGAAAGCCACUCUCAAGCUCAAUCUUCAGCGGCUUCCUCGUCCUCAAAAGCGAUCGAACACGAAACAACCAUCUCCACUUUGACUUCCCAGAUCACCGACCUCCUCGCUGCCCAAGCCAGCCGCGAAACCGCCCUGAAUGCUGUCAAAUCAGAGCAUGCCGAAAUCACGAAAAAGCGAGACCAAGCCGUCGAGGACUUGGACAGCUUCCAGAAACAGGCCAUGGCGAAUGAGACCAAGGUGCUCAGCGAGCUGAGGGAAGAGAUUGGCAAGCUGCGAAAGCUGCGGGAGGAUGACAAGGUUGAGUGGGAGAAGCAGAAAGCAGAGUUGGAGGCCGGAUUUGCAGAGCUGAAGGAGCGUGAAGACAAGUCCAAGGCUCAACUUGCCGAAGCUCUCCAUACUCUCGAGUCCGCUGCUGCCGCGAACAAGAAGCUCGAGAGUAAUGUCGCCAAGGUAGACGAGGCAAAGAGUGCAGCCGAGAAGGAGAGGGAUCAGGCUGUGGAUAACCUCAAAGAAGCUUCAGGCCGGGCCAAGAUCCAGCUUGAGCAAGAGAUCGAGUAUCGUCGAUCACUCGAAGCGCAGCUCUCUAGCCUUCAGCAGCAGCUCGACGCCCAGCGUGCUACCAUCGAAAAUGUGUCUCAAGAUCUACAAUGUGAGCGCGAAUCUGCUAAAGAGUUAUCCGAAAAGCUCGCGACCGCCCACACCGACAUGGAAACUCAGGAAGUGAGAAUCGAGAAGGCUGUCGAUGAGCGUAAAGACAUCGAAGCCCGCUUGGGUGAAAUGGAAUCUGCUCUGGAAGCCGGGGAGGAGGAAUGGAAAGCGCGAAUCGACAAGGAAAGCGCUAAGAGGUCUAAGGUUGAGGGAAAGCUUGUCGAGCUCGAGAAGAUGCGACAGGUUGGUAACACUACCGAGAAGGAGCUCAUCGAAAAGCUCUCGUCUCUACAAACGCAGCUUUCUGCCGACCAGACCGUCACCGACGAUCUUCGCAAGAAGCUUGAAAUUGAGGUCACGGCCAAGAUGGUUGCGGAGAAGAAGGUGGUCGAACUGGGACGUCAGAAAGUGACUUCCUCCGCCGCCGAGACCGACUUGCAAAAACAGCUAGAAAAUGCUGAGAGAAGGCGCAAAGAGGCCGAAACAAAGGCGGCCGAGGUGGAGAAGGAGCGCGAGGUUGAACUCGCUGGGCUUCGGGCCCAGCUCGACGCUGAGAAAGCCUCCAAAGCCGACGUCGAAAGGAAAUUGUCUGAGGCGGCCGAGCAGCAUGUCCUCAAGCUUUCCGCUGACGGCGAGAUCCGUUCGUUGCUGGACAAGGAGACUUCCGCUCGCAAGGAUGCCGACAGCAAGCUCGCUGACCUGGCCAAGAAGCUUGAAUCUUCCUCAUCAGCUGAGAAGCAGAUCCAGCACAAGCUAGAUGUCGAGUCUGCAUCCCGUCAAGCUGCUGAGAAGCAGUUGGUGGAACUUUCGUCAAAGCUGAAGUCUGUUUCAUCGAACGAGUCGGAGCUGGGAGCACGUCUUGACAAGGAGACGGCUUCCAAGCAAGCUGCUGAAAAGAGGCUCGCGGAUGUUCAAAGGGGUGUCGAGACCAAGCAAGCAAGCGUUCUGGUUGAUAUGAAGAAAGAAAUCGCCUCUCUUCGGCAAUCUCUUCUCAAAGCUCAAUCGGACGCCCAGUCUUCAAGAGACGAGGCCACUGCUCACCGCGAAAAGGCCACCAAGCUCGCCAAGGACGUUGUGGAGCUCGAAGCUCGUCAGAAGAAUGAGAUCAGCAUGACCGCUUCUUCUGUUUCUGCUCGUCUCCGCACCCUCUCUACCCCAGGUCCCUGGGCGAAAGACGGCGAUAUGAGUGGACCAGGGUCGAAGGGAAUGAAGUCUAGAGGCCUGAAGGGAACGACCACUGGCAUGGGAAUCGGUGAGCGGGAAAGCUCCAUGGGAACCAUGCGAGCCAGGGAUCAGGACGAAAUCGAAAGGCUGGAGAAGGUUAUUGAAGUGCAGAAGGAAAUCAUAGAUGAGCAGAGGGAGAAGAUUGAGCGGUGGUCCAAAGAAAUGGAAAAGCAGAGAGAGAUUGUUAGACUGCUUACCAAUGACCAUUCUAACACCACCUAUUCUCCUUCUCCGCGAGUACCCUCGAGGACCCACGCUAAAGCCCAUUCCAUCUCCCACUCUCCAACCGAGUCUCCUGCCGGCAGUACACCCGCCAAAGCCAUUCCUUCCACCUUUACGGCUCGCAACCUUGCCUUGCCUAGCACUCCUUUGCCAGGGACACCUACGCCUCUCCCCAUGCACCCCAGUCAAUUCAACAACGCGACUGCGAGGAAGGGAAGGAGAAUUACUAUUGACCACGAUAUGGAUCUCCUGACUGAAACCAGCAAAGUCAACAGAGCCAAGCUGCUUUUCGAAUCUCCAGAAAAGAACGGCAAGGCAUUGCCCUCUACUCCCGUUCGAGAGCCCCGGGAAUCACUUCGCGUCAAUCAAGCGGCGUGGUCCAUUCCCAGACAACGCCGGCCAUAG